AUGUUGUCCAAGCUCUCCCGGCGUGCCUCGCAGUUCUCGCAGUGUUUGGUCAGCGGCUCCUCGCGAGUCCGCGCCGUGCGGGGCCCGAGGAAUGUGCCAGCCGUACAGGCUUUCCAGGUGUGCCAGCAGCGUGGACAGGGUAACAUCUCUGCACCAUUAGCACCAGAACCGCCCUUUCCCACGGUGCGCUCCAUGCCUGUAAGCUCUAGAGCCUGGUGCGGACAGAGCCCGGACCCUGUGACAGCUUAUCGAAGACGUUGGGAAGAGUGCUUUCAACCAUGGUCACGCAGCCCUUCCAUACAGCGUGAGCUUGAAGAAGUUGGCUUUUCCAUUGUGCCUGGGGCCCUGACCGCAAUAGAUGUGGAUGAAUUGCUGCAGGAACUGCCCUGGCUUUUGGAAGGAGGACCUGUAACCAUGGAACGACAAAACAAGGGCAAGGGUGGUUAUGACUAUCUCAGGCAUCUCCCUGUGAAGCUUGCAGUGCUUCGUGAAGUCGCAUACGAAGCCUUGCUCCCUAUUGCCGAUGCGUUCUUAGAAUCUCAUAGGCUUGAAUUGCAGUCUUCGAGGCGGACCUUUUCAUUGAAUACGACAGGCAAAAGGUUCGACACCCUUCCGCGCACGUUACUGGAAUUCGAAGAGCUCUGCGCCAAGAAAGGCCAGACCAGACCGAGCAACUUGUUUCUUUGGUACCAAGAAGGAGGGGAAAAUCGUGCUCAUCGUGAUGUCUACGGUGAGGUCUCGUUUCCGCUGCAAAUGGUCUUGAUGCUAGACCAGCAUGGUGAAGACUUUGAUGGUGGGAAGUUCUUUACUCUUGUCAACGGCCGUAAGCAUGAAGCGACCAUGAACCGGGGCGAUCUGCUCAUUUUCCGCACUUCCUGUUUGCACGGCUGUACUCCGGUGCUCCCGGUGCUCUGCAAGAAAACACAGACGAAGCAUGAGACAAAGCGAUGCGUCCUUGGUCUGCAGUUUGCGCUGCGUCAGUUGCUGAGGGAACGCCGUGCCAAAGGCUACAGGUGA